AGACGAGCAGUCAGUCAGCCUGCCUGCCUGCCGCCGUGCAGAACGCAGAACUGCAGCGAGUCCGUUCCGCUUGCCUUUCCGUUUGGGAACCGAGUUCUGUCGGCCCCGUUCGCCACAACAAAACUUUGAAUGGGACUUUUAACCUGGCCAGAACCCCACUGUGCACGCUAGGGCCGAACAGACAGAGAGACCAGGUCAUCGACUGGAAUACUAGGUUUUAUGCAACGAAGACGAAGAAAAUGAAGUUACGACUUGUGUGUACCCUCUAUCCCCUCUUUGUGCCCGUCAAGUGAUUCAAGUGUCCUGGAAGAUUUAACAAGUCCGCGUCUUGCUAGUGCUGCUGAGGGGUUGUUGGUCGCAUUGAAAUUUUACAGUGUUUGAUUCAUUAGUGAUAGUUAUUUUAUAAUAAAGCAGAAAAAAAAGGGAGCGCAGUGUGUGAACAAGUGAUACGUUAUGAAAUUGUGUCGUUUAGACUGAAAGGAUUUGGGCACACGACUUCACAUACUUUGGAUACAACCCGUCUCUGAAGGUGCCCUGGAAUUUUGGGGUGCAGGCGGUGCAGGUGCCAGAAUGACUUCGUGAGGGGGACUAUGACAACGGCCGUGGCAGAAAAGAGGGGUUUCGUCUGAUCAACGUCAGAUCACCAGCAUCGCAGCGGUCCAGGCAGAGGGUGGCUUCAGUCGGCCAUGUUCACCAGAUAGCAUGGAUUGCUUAUUCCCCAAACGGUGGGGGAAGCUAAUAGUUGAGUUGGAGAUUAACCAAACAUAAUUUAGAGAGGGGAGGCGCCUCUGCGCGCCCCGCACACCACUCACCAUGGACCACAGUGUAAAGGCUAUGGACUCGCACAGCAAGCUGUCCAUCGCUCGCUUGCUAAAUAGACACAGGUUUGAAAAUGAUGAGCUGGAAAGAUUAUAUCGGCGAUACACCUACAAAUUACAGCACUCUUCUGUGUCAAGUGUUGUCGGACUGUUUGUCAUCCUCACCUUUGUUUUGGCAACAAUAAGUCUGGCUUAUGUACACGCGCCAUCCGUACAGAACAUAUACCAUGGCGUCCACUGCCUGCUGUUCGUAUUGUUGCUGGCAUUCCUCAAAACUAAACUCAUGCAGGAUGCCUACUUGGUCUGGGUGUGCUACGCGGUGCUCUUCUUCUGCGUCACGUUCUGCGGCGUCUGGCUGCCGUUCGGCCCCAUUCCAGAGCACAUGGGCCUCGGCGGCCUCGGCGGCCUCGGCGCCACCACGGCGUUGUCCACCUCGGUGGGGGCCGGGUCGGGGGGCGGGCUGCGCGUCGACACGCGGCGCGUGGUGGCGGAGGGCGUGUGGCAGGUGGUGUUCGUCACCUUCCUGGCCUACGCCAUGAUGCCGCUCAAGACCUGGGUGUCCACGGCGUUCGGACUGAUUCUCUCCGUGACGCACGUCGCGGUGUCCGCCUCCUUCGCCAAGGAGUUCCCGCAUCUCCUGUGGCAGCAGAUCUCUGCGAAUAUCAUCAUCUUUGUGUGUGUCAAUGUGGUCGGCUUGUUUGUUCACAAUCUCAUGGAACAUGCUCAGCGCAAGGCCUUUCUGGACACUCGGAACUGUAUCGCUGCUCGUCUGGAAAUGGAGGAUGAAAAUGAAAAACUGGAGCGACUUCUUUUAUCAGUCUUGCCUCAACAUGUCGCAGUAGAAAUGAAAAAGGAUAUUAUUUCUCCUAUUGAAGGACAGUUUCAUAAAAUUUACAUCCAAAGGCAUGAAAAUGUCAGCAUAUUAUUUGCUGACAUUGUUGGUUUUACAGUCUUGGCAUCUCAGUGCACUGCCCAAGAUCUUGUCCGCCUACUAAAUGAACUGUUUGGUCGAUUUGACCAAUUAGCUAAUGACAACCACUGUCUGCGUAUUAAAAUUUUAGGAGAUUGUUAUUAUUGUGUAUCUGGUUUACCGGAACCUCGAUCAGAUCAUGCCCACUGUGCGGUCGAAAUGGGUUUGGAUAUGAUUGAUGCUAUUGCGUCAGUGGUAGAGGCAACUGAUGUUCAGUUGAACAUGCGAGUUGGCAUUCACACAGGACGUGUUCUAUGUGGUGUGCUGGGUCUCAAAAAGUGGCAGUACGAUGUUUGGUCAAAUGAUGUGACAAUAGCCAAUAACAUGGAGGCUGGUGGUGAAGCCGGUCGUGUUCAUGUGACUCAAGCCACUUUGGAUUGUUUGGCUGGUCAAUAUGAAGUGGAAGAUGGAAGAGGUGGAGAAAGAAACCAGUAUCUUCAUGACAACCAUGUGAAUACCUAUUUCAUCGUGCCACCUGAGAGAAGGAAAAAGCCAUUAUUGUUCAACACUCUCCAGGUGCGGUCAGCAUUGGGCGCUGCUCAGCGGAAGAAGCUGUCCUUCCGAAAUGUUUCAAACGUUGUGGUCCAGCUCCUGCAUACCAUCAAGUUUUCCAUGGAGGUGCCCUUUUCCAACAUGGCUGCUGGCGGCGGUCCGGGAGAGCUGAAAGUUAAUGCAGCCAGAAAGGAUGCGGUCCUAGACCUGCAGCGGGCCCUACAUGCUGAUCCCACAUCAGCAGGAGGUCGAGCAUUUGGGACUUCCAACCCUCUUGACCUCAGAGAUAUUGGUGGCAAGAAGAAAGUGACAGAAAAAUUCAAGCGACCUUUCAAAAAACGGCAUUCAAGUGUGUAUCAUCAGCCAUCAAACCGAGUCAACAAGUAUCUUGCUCAAGCAAUUGAUGCUCGCAGUGUGGACAGGGAAAAAUCUAUCCAUGUGAAUCUCUUGACAUUGUACUUCAAGGACUCGGCUAAAGAACAUCAAUAUCAUAAAGAUGUAGACCUAGGAUUUUCAAGUGGACUUGCAUGUGCCCUGGUGCUACUUUUACUUUUGGGAGCUCUACAAGUGGCUGUUCUCCCCCGAACAGUCAUUGUCCUGCUUCUCUUCCUUCUAACUUUUGUUUGGAUCUCUGUUGUCUUGAUGUUGCUACUUGCUGUGCGUUUGAGAUGGAUUACUCCAAGACUAGAUAUAUCUCGUAGCUUUGUUCUACGAGUCGCCAUCACUGUGUUCACCAUUGUGCUAGUGUACUCUGUGGCUCAAGCAAAUGCCUUCACAUGUCGCUGGGAUGCACCAUGUGUCCUCCAUUCUUCUGCCAACAUCACUCUUGAAAAUGGGGGCCUGACAGCAGUAGGACUGGGCAGUGCUGUUGGCCUUGAUCGGGAUCAUCGUGCCUGCCCAAUCCCACAAUACAUAGCGCUCUCAUGUUCACUUGGAUGCCUUGCUGUGGCCCUUUUCCUGCGGCUCCCAAUUAUGAUCAAAGGUGUACUUUUGUCUUUGAUUUCGUUGAUAUACUUCCUCCUUGUUAUACUUUCUCAUAGGGAAGUAUUUACCUGUUAUGAUCAAAGAGUCCACGCUGUAAUUCCACAAGACCAUCUCAGCAUUGUUUAUGUUAUUAUGUUCCUACUUGCCGUCAUAAUUCAUGGGAGACAGAUAGAAUGGACUGCAAGGCUUGACUUCCUUUGGCAAAUUCAGGCUCAUGAAGAGAAGGGAGAAAUGGAUGCCCUGCAGAGUAGCAACCGGCGAAUUCUGUUUAAUCUCCUUCCUGAUCAUGUCGCACUUCACUUUUUGAACAACCAGCUUCGCAGUAACAUGAGCACUCUGUCUCAGGAGCUGUACCAUCAAAGCUAUUCCCGUGUGGGGGUUGUCUUUGCAUCCAUCACCAACUACCAUGAGUUCUACAUGGAACUGGAUGGCAAUAACCUUGGAAUGGAGUGUCUUCGUCUCUUAAAUGAGAUAAUUGCCGACUUUGAUCAGCUUUUGGAAGAUGGUCGCUUUAAAGCAAUUGACAAAAUCAAGACUGUUGGCUCUACAUAUAUGGCUGCUGUGGGUCUAUUGCCCGAGUAUAGAAUUUUAGACGAUGAUGAGGAGUCCAGUGCUGGUCAGCAUAUGAGUUCUCUCGUAGAAUUUGUUUAUGCCAUGCGGGAGACUCUGUUAAACAUCAACACUAACUCAUUUAACAAUUUCAAAUUAAGAGUUGGCAUCAAUGUUGGCCCUGUUGUUGCUGGAGUCAUUGGUGCUAGGAAGCCACAAUAUGAUAUCUGGGGCAAUACAGUGAAUGUUGCCAGCCGCAUGGAUUCUACUGGGGAGCCUGAUCGCACUCAAGUUACGGAGGAGGUCUUCCAAAUACUUCGCAAUCAUCCAUAUCAGUUCCAAUGUCGAGGUGUCGUGAAAGUAAAAGGCAAAGGUGACAUGACAACAUAUUUCCUUAAUGAGAGGAAGCCACCUGGCACCAUUCGAGUCGAAGAACUUCCAGGUCUUCGUGGCCAAGCAGGAUUAGUGGCCAACAUGUAUGGGGGUGUACCAACACCUCUUGCAAUGUUACAUCACAUUCAAGGUGAUUUGUCCAGAGGCAAAUGUCUGAGACGUGAUGAUGGAGGUGCUCUUCUUUCAAACUGUUACCGCAACCCCUCUCGACUCCCGCCUCUUCGUGAAGCUAUGCAGGGUUCUGGUAGUCGCAGCGGAAGUGGUAGUGUUAGUGGUCAUGGUGUUCACCCAGAAAACGGAUUUGGAAGUGCUGAAAACGAACCACUUCUUCCGGAUCCCAAACUAGGACAUGCCUAUCAGCAACCCAUGAAGAUCCCAGGACCAUACAUGAACAAUCAUCUUAGUCAUCACAGCAGCAGCAGCAGUAGCCAUGCAAGUAAUAUGAGCCACCUGAACCACGUUGGUCAUGUCAAUGGAAGAGUCAAGAGGUCAAGCCUAGAGCGAGAACGCGAAUCUGGCGAUGGAAUGCCCCACCACUCGCAGCCUCCCCCCCUCCCACCCCACAAGGGCAUCUCCCACAUGCAGUUCCCCUCAGCGCCGAGUGCGUCCGCUUUGGCUUCCAAGAGGCAACAGGAGUCUGCGAGGUACACUCCGCCAUGGCCCAGAGGGGGCGAGGCAUCCGGCCGCCACAUCCUGACCAACUCGAACCACACCAACAACAACCACGGCAGCCAGGUGAACGAGGCCCUGAGCAAGCCGUACGCCAAGCCCUUGCCGCGUCCUCCAGGCAAGGACGGCCGCCACCACCGCGGCCACCACCGCGCGCACAACAGCGGGGCCAGCGGUGGUGUGAACGGCGGCCUCAACGGCGGCGUGAACGGUGGCCUCAACGGCAGCCACGCGCCGCCCCUGCCCCCGCAUCAGGUGCUGCACCCCGCCGUGCACCAGGCGCUGCACCCCGCGCUGCGGAGCGAACGCGACCCGGGUGCUGCCGCUGCUGCAGUGCUGGACGAGGCCAACCUCCGCGCCAAGCUCCGCGCCGUCCACAACCCCCCUCAGCUCCAGCGGCACUACUCCGAUGAAAGCUUGCAGGGUAGCUCUGCCUUGACAGGCGGCUUCUACUUGCAAGGGCCAGCCAACCACAGGAUCCAUUCAUCGGCUGAUGAAAUCAGCUCGAUGAACCACUCGCCAAGUAUUAGCUCUUCGGAUGAGAGCUACAGUCGAACGACUGAUGCAAGUCCUUCGCCUUCCCCACCUCCAGGCAAUGCGGGCUUGAGCAAUGAGCCCCCGGAAAAGUGGCUCUAUCCUUCUGACAUCCAAGUGAAUCCCUGUUCGUCGCCUGAGCACUCUCCAAGGGCAGCUCACGACUACAUCCCUCCGCAGUGCCUCAUUUCUAGUAGUCAGAAUAACAAUUCAGACGAAGGCCGAGGCGCGUCGCGCGGGUCUGGAGGAAGGAGAGAAUGGAAUGCUUCGCCCCAGAGGCAUAGAAGUAAUGGUUCUUCUGGAGCCAGACGCAAAGUCGGAGACAAACUUCACCCUUCAACGCUUCUUGCACUUGCACAGGGGGCCGUAGAUUCUUCAUGUGUGUCCAGUCCCUUACCACCGCUUUUGGAUGGCGAUGAUUCCUACCGAGGAGACAGUUGUGGUAGUUUUGAAUACAUUGGACGUCAAGAAGCCUUGAGGCAUGCUGCUGAAUCCAAGCUCCCCAGCAGAGCAAUGAAGAAAACAUUAUCUCCAUUGAAUGUUGAAAAUGUUUUAAGAAAUGGCUUGUCAGACGACCAUGCAUCCCCUGAUGAAAGCCACCGACCCCCUAGCAAACAUUCUUCAAAACAUUCACCAAAUGUUGAAGGCUCAGGGAGAGAAUCCGAAAACAAUGAAGACAACCAUUCUCACUCUCACUCAAGGUCCACAUCAAGUGGCAAGUCCUCAAAGAAAGAUGGGUUCAGCCAAACCGACCGCAAAGAUGUCUCAACCAGACAUCACAAUCAUCAUAAUCACCAUGGCCACCAUGGACAUCACAGCCAUCGUCAUCAUAAUCACAAGGACACUGUUGAUGGAAAUCCCAAUGGGCAUCCCAUUGAAUCUCGCCGAGGUCAUCAAACGCGCGCUGAGUUUGAACGAGAAAUUCAGAAACGCUUGGAUGAUCCAAAGCUAAUUAGGAACACGAGUCAAGAAGAGCAAGAAUUAGUCAACAGUCCUCCUCUAGCGAAUGAGUUAGGUGCUGCAUCGCUCAAGAAACAUCAGCAGCAACUCAACAACACCCCUGCCGGAAUGCUGGGCAGGUAUGUAGCUGAAGCUCCAGCACCAGUGCUGUCCUCUGCCCCUAGUAGUGCCAGCAGUACGUUGGCCCAAACGCCCUAUGUUGGCUUAGCAGCCAUUCAAGAACUGGCAAGGCGUCAACAGGAGGAGUUAGAGAUGGAAGAAUUAUCAUCAAACAAAUCCAUUUUGGCACCCAUUCCCAUUCAAUCUUUAGGGCUCAAAAGCCCUCUUGAAGAAAAAGUGACUCUAGUUGGUGACCCUGAUGACUCUGAGACCUCCACUAUAACAGGACUCAGGCUGAGCGCAGAUCACACAUCUCCCCCAAGCAGGAGCCCCAGUGGUGAAAUCACAUUUGAAACAAGAGAUGAGGUGAAGAAAGAGAAAGCAAUCAAGGAAAACAACAUCACGGAGGAGGACAUUGAUGAGAUAGAAAGUUUUGAGCGUGAAGAGCAACGAAUACAGGAGGAAGUAGAACGUCAGGAGGCUGCUGUGAAACGUAUGCUUGAGGAAAGUGCCAAGUGCGUAGAAAGAGGUAUUUUUACUGCUAAUGGAGGUGGAGGUGAGACAAGCCAAUCUGAAUGGAGUGAAGAUGAUGAUGAGGAAGAUGAUGACGAUGAAGAAGACGAUGAAAAUGCUGCCUCUGAGCCUCUUUUAAAUGAUCGAGAAUCCACAGGCUACACGACUGAUGAUCCUGCUCUUGAAAAUAUUUCUAUGCUGAAUGAAACUGGACUCACAGAUGCUGAAGGUGCUUUAAGUGAUGUCAAUUCUGCCUGUGAUGGGCAUGAUGAUAUCCAUGAUGGAGAUGACAAUACCAGCCUUUCAUCUAGGGCCUCAUCUCGAGUCUUUGACUCAGAUGCUCUGAUGAGUCUCGAUUCUAUGAGUGUCCUGUAUGAUUCAGAAUAUGAUAAUUGUUGUAGAACAGAUGACGAUCUUGGAUUGCCAUCUACACCAAUGCAGCACAUUCAUGCUGCAAGCAUUAGGUCUGUUUCCCAGAGUAUUUUGCGGAAUUUUGGACAGCCUCGCAGUGAGACUGAUAGUGACGUCUGAACGACCACGCAAGAAUCAAUUUUCAUCUCAAUGUUCAGUCUUGAUUCAAAGAGUAUCUUUUGGGCCGUACUAAUGUGAGCCUCACUUUGUGAUAGAUAAAUUAUAUUUUAACCAAGUGCCAUUCCGCAGGACCUUUUAAGAAAAGGCAUUGUUUGCUGUGUAGAAAAUGUAUCUUGUGGUAAUAUCUUAAAUUUCAUGUGCAUAGAACAGUUAAGUCAUGUUUCCUUUUGUCAAUUAAUUCUAGUAGUUGUACUGUAGGCGUUUGUCAAGAUAAAUAAGCUUCGAGGCAAGUUGUGUUGGAAUGCAUAAGAACAGAUGCCUGACAGAACAGUAACUGGAUGAUGGCAUUAUGCAUUCUGUGUUACUGAAGUGUUUCGUCCUUGUCAUUCUGCCUCAAUCACUAUAUCUGAAAAUUGGUGUUUCCAAUGCAACUGCUUAAAUGAUCUUUCUCCUAAAUGUACUAUGUACACAUGGCUUAGCUGAAAUUUCAAUCUAUUGUGAUCUUAUACAGUAUUUUUAUAGGCUUCUUUAGAUUUCACAUGGUGUGGAUGGAAGAUGAUAUAAGUUUUUGAAUACAGUCUUGCCUCCAAAACUUCUCUCUUUAGCUAGAUGUUUUUAUUUAGUAUUUGUUUUAUUUUCUUAUGAAUCUCAAGUAUCAUUGUGUUACUAAUUUUUGUUUCUAGAGGUUGUUCUCUGGAAGCAAAUGCCUCGUAGUAUGUGACCUUUUUUAUUCUAUUUAAGUGGCCAGGCAUGUAACCUGAAAUGCUUCUCAUUGGGAGACAUUUCUUGUUAUUUAAUGAAUCUAGUCUGUUUAUUAUUCGUUUGUUGUUUACCUACCAUCUAUGUAUCACAUCUCAUUAGUGUUUUAUUAGCCGUUUUGUAGACAGUUUUUGAACUGCUCUUAUUUUAAUUGUUCUGUUGUAUAUACACUUUAAAACAAAUUGAAAUUUCCAUCCUUUGAAUUUUAUAUUGUGCAAUAUUUUUAAAGCUAAUGGUUAAGGUAAAUUUUAAAACGAUUAAGUGGUUCAUAAGAGUUUCAGAAAAGAAUAUUUUAGAACACAACACGACUCUUAAAUGCCAGCCUCCUGAGGUGUCAGGCAUGCCAUGUUUUACAUUGUUUUUGUCUUAUUUUAUGAUUAUUGGUGAGGCUGUAUGUCCUCAAGAAUUUUUUUGUUUCGUUUUUCUCAACAAGGAGUUUCAUUUUCUUUUAGUUUUGUUUUAUUUUAACAGCAAUGCCAAAGCAUUUUGUUGAUAUGUACUUCAAGUAACCUCAGCUUGUUUUGCUUUCCACAAAAAUAAUAAUCAUCAAAAACAAGAAUGUAGUUUAUAAAGUCUCUUGUACAUACCAUUUGUAAAUAUAGCUAUGUUGAUAUGUAUGUGAACAAAUAUGUGAUGAUGAUUUUAUUGGACCUAAUUGUAAAAAUUAUGUAUUGUUUAACUUUAUACAAUUUUUGUUUGUGUUAACUUAUAUUUUUAUCUCAGUUUUUUUUCCCCCUGCUUGCAAUAUAGUUUGGUUUUGGACUGUCUUUAGACUUCGUUGUUAAGAAAUCAUGUCUGUUAUGUUGUCAUUCUCAAGUAAAUGCUUCCUGGUUCUAUCCCGGUAUGUUGUGUUGUUACUGCUUCCAAUGCAAUCAUAUUGUGGUGUUCUGUUUUUAAAAUGUUGUUAUUGUUAAUUGUGUUGUAGACCUGCCUUUUACCCAGCCAUUGCUGUAGCCUGAGUAGAUUGAAACAGGUCUGUGCUGUGUCAAUUAAAAUUUCUCUCUUUUGGAUAUGUGCUAGAGGAAGAAUUGUAUUGUACUGGAAGCAGAUUUGACUCAAAAAGUGCUGUACUCUAUAUCCUCAAGUGGCUCUAAAGAUUUUUUUAAGUAAUUAAACUUUGAAAGAUAAGUUCAAGCACUGAUAUUUAUUAUCUUAGUCAAGUAAUUGUUGCUUGAUGGUAUGAGACUAAUCUCCAUAGAGUACUGCUUACAGAGACUGAGGAGGAACAAAUCUUUGCUAGUAAGUAUUUUUUAUUAAAACCUCAUGAUAUGGCCUGUGUAUGAAAUGAGUUUUUGCUCAUUUGUUUCACUUUAAGUACUUCAAAAUGUUACAGUUGCUUUUGGGUUUGAAUUCAUUUUCAUGUAAAUUAUCUAACAUACUCUUGGAAUGAACAUAAUUGGUGAAAGAAAGGUUGAAGCCACUGCAUGGAUUGUAUGCCCUCCAGAAAAGUUGUUGUUGUGUAAAUGGACUGGUUGUUUCUCCGUUUGAUAGCUGCUGUGUUUGUAAUAGUAGAUACCACUCUGGCAACAUCAAAUCUGUUAUUGAUAGAGGUUCUGCAGUGACUAAUCAAAAUCAAAUCCUUGUCAGUACAACAGUCUUGAAUAUAAACUGGGACAAGGCAAUGCUCAAUGCUCUUUUUGGAAGCAUUUUCUCUUUAGCUGUAGUAAUUUCUGUUGGGCAGAAACCAGGUGGCUCAAACAACUGAUUUAUGUUUGUUUAGAAGUAAUUGUUUGGCAAUAAUUGAGAUUUCUUUUGAUUUUUGGUACCCAGGAAUGUCUUUGAAGAUCCCUCAAGUUUUCAUUAAAAUCAUGGGUGUGAUAUUAUUUUCACCUGACUGAUAAUAGCAGAAUAUGGAGCAGUUAAUACUCUUUGGUGUAUUAUUGGUGUAGACUAAGAGUCAAAGCAAGAUUGCCUUCUUGUGUGUCUCUUAUCAUCUGACUUACUGCACAACAGUUUCUAGAUUUUAAUUUUGACCACAAAAAUAAGACAGAUAAUUAUAUGUUUGCACUGAUUGGUAAUAUGCUAGCCGAAUUUUACAGUUGACUAAAGUGUUAAUUUAUUGUAAAAAUAGUGAAGGAGUUGUUAAGUCUCACGAACAAACUUCCUAUUAAAUAUGUUGUUCUUGGGUAUUGAUGUAUGUAAUGAUAAUAUGUCUUGUGCAUUGAAGCAAUUUGAAUUUCAUUCAGGAAGUAAGUCACAACUUGUCUAUUUUACGAGAUAUUGUGUACUCAUGAUAUUCAGAGAAAGGAAUGCUGUUUGUAUUAAGGCUGUUUAGAUCUGAUUCAGUUAAUGCUCUUUUCAGUUCCCAUUUGUAGCAGUGUAUAUAAGUGUGCCUAUGCUCUGUGAAAAUAAAAGUUCAUUCAGACUA